UCUGCGAGCGGGAGGGACAGAGGGAGGGAACGAUGAUAGUGAACGGAGGGGAGAAGCAAACCAAGUAAUUUGCUCCACGCUCCACCUCAAUAGGUGGCGGUACUGCACCGCUUGCCAACCGUCAUUAAACAUCACUGGAAGAAGAGCAACAACAAACCAAGUAACGGCAGCAGGACCAGGAGAGUGAUGUCGGAGAGGCCGGGCAGAGGGCUGGAGCCACCGGCGGCUUUCGGGGGCAAAAUCGGGCCAGAGGAUCUGAUUCCACCAUCACACUUCAGCAGUCGAACCCAUGCCCCACCGCCAGUGGACACAAACCCCUGGGCUGCCCUGGCCAAGGCUACCAAAGACAUCCUGGAACUGAGGCAAGAGAAUGAAUGUCUGAGGAGGGGGCAGAGGUCGCCAAACAGGGGCUGUUGCAAAUUUGAAAAGGAAAGGGUUUGCAAUAGAGACAGGUUGUCAGAACAGGAGAGAUCACCCCCGAGCCACGAGCUGGCCAGACGGGCGGAGGAGAGGCGGGAGGCAUCCCAGCUGGAGGCGGGGCUGCUGAGGGACAGGCUGGCGCAGCAGGUGGCCACCGUAGCUGAGAAGGACCAUCUGCUUGCCUGCCUGGGUGAGCAGCUGGGAGAGCUGAGGGCCGAGCUGCAGAGGCUGGGCGCAGCCCCACGGCAGCAUCGCCGCUGGGAUGAGAUGGAGGACCAGCGGCGUGAGUCUCAAGCAGUGCAGGAACAGGACCACUCUCCCCUGGAGGCCGGGAAGCAGCAGGGAGAGCCGACGGAGCUGAGGAGGAGGGCACAACGAGGUGGCUCGACCUGGCUGAGAGAAGACACAAGCAGGGACAACCACUUGCAGCUGGCAACUGUGCCUAAGUCACUGGACGGGGACCUGGAGGCUCUGCGGCGAAGGGUGACAGAGUUGGAGGAAGAGCUGCAGCAGAGUCAAGAGAAAAGCCGGGGCGAGGCAGCACGCUUGAGGGCAACUCUUGAGACCACAGCUCAGGAGCGGGAUGCCCUGCAGGAAGAACUGAGUAAAGCCAGAGGUACAUUGGAAUCCCAGGGCUCCUUGAUCCGACAACUUCGCACCUACAUCGGACAACUGGUGCCGGAUGAGAAGCAGCUCGAGGAGGCCCGGCAGGAGAAGGAGUGGUUGAGCAGCAGGGUGCAGCAUCUGGAGAAGGAGAGGGAGACACUAAGAGCCACAUCGGAGCUUCUCAACGUGCGCCUGACGUCACUGAUGGACAUUGUCACCAUCCAGGAGAGCGACCGCUGCGGGAAGCCUACAUUGGAUGUCCAGAGCGGGGACAAUAGGAGGAAAGCUUCAAUGGUAACACGUUGGAGAGAGAAGGUGUUUGCUCUGAUGGUGCAGCUGAAGUCGCAGGAGAUCAGUCACACCAAUGAUAUCAAUCGUCUCCAGGUCAAGGUUGCACACCUGGAGGAGGAUCUUGCAAUGAAAGGUCAAGAACAUGCCGUGCUGGUCCACAGCUUACAGGACAGGACUGCAGAGGUGGGGGUGGAGCGAGUGAAAAACCAGUCCCUCAGAGAUGAGCUGGCCGAUGCUCAGAAUAAUGUGGUUCGGUUUCAGGAGAUGGCAAACCGAGCUGAUGGUGCUCUACACAACAUUCAAGACCAAAUGAGUAGUUUCUACCAGAGGUUCCUGGAGCAGGAGGCGUUGCUGAAGACGGCCUUGUGUCAGCUGGUGAACCUGAGUCAGAGGGUGACCUUCGCCAACAAGCGGAUCGACACCAUUCAUGGGUUGUGCGCCCGGAAGGAGGCACUCGCUCGACUUCAGCUACAGGAGAGAGACAGGGAGACAGGCGGAGAUGUGGGCAGGCGCCCCUAUGAGGAUCUGGAGAAGGAGCUGGAGUUGCUGAAUGGGGAGCGGGACCAGCUGGCAGCUGAACUGAAGCGGAACUCCCAGCUGAUUGAGAGGAAGGUUACAGAGGCGCGGCUGAAGUUUGAGGCGGACCUGAAGGAGGAGCUGGCGGUGAGGGGGCGGCUGGAGGAAGCCUUGGCGGAGGAGACUCGACAGCAGCAGCGGCUGACCGAGCGGCUGAGCGAGGCUCAGCAGGAGCUGAAGGAGGCCCGGGAGGAUGCUGAGCGUCUAAAGGCAGACCUGUGCCGGCAGCAGGCGCAGUACGAAGAAGCCCUGCGUGAGAAGAUGGCGGACGUGGAGAAGCAUGCAGCCGAGCAGCUGCGUGAAAUGGAGAAGCGACUCAACGAGGCACGCAGGGAGCAUACCAAGGCAGUGGUGACCCUGCGCCAAACCGACCGCCAGGCGGUGCGGGACAAGGAGCGGCUGGAGUCCUGUGCAAAGUUACAGGAAGAGCAACACCAGCGGGAGACCCAGCAGCUGAGCGAGCAGCUGAGGGAGCUGCAACGGGACAAGAACCUGCUUGUGGCAACUCUGAGACAGGAAGGGCUGCUCAGUCAGUUCAGGAAGAGCCGAGCUGUGGCUGUCCACAUGCCUACUGCCCUCUCUGACCAGUCGAAGCCAACCAGAGCCCCAGCGCAGUCGCCAGCCUCGAGGGCCAGAGGCAGUGACCUCACGAAAGAUUCCCUUGCAGAGGUUCUCGAGGAACUGCAGGUAUUGAGUGCAGCAGUGACUACAGAUGAAGAGGAGAGAGAGAUAACAGAGGAGGAAGAGGAAGAAAUUCAGUAGGAGGGAAGGAAGUUUCAAGCCAACUUUUCCUUGAAGAUUGCCAGCUGAUUAAUGCUCCUGGGUGAUCACAGGCUUCCACAGAUAUGAUCAGUUGAUGAUGAAUGUCAGAGAAUAUGAGUUGCAGCUCAUUUCUACUUCAGCAGCCCUUCAUCACACUAGUUUGGUGCACAGUCAGAUGUCCUGCGGCUCAUGAUGCUUGCCACUGAGAGGUUUCGUUCCUAGUCCGAAGCUGCAAAAUCCAAAACGGUAAACCAAGUUCCCAACUGCUUAAACAAAAAGGUUACACACUGGGAUACAUGCCUUUCCUGACACAGCAGAGGGGAGUGAUCACAAGCUAACUUAUAACCCCAUUAUCAACUGCGGACGUAAUGCUGUGGAGGUUUAAACUCUCUGACAGCUGGUUUUGUUGUACCCCAUAAAAUGGUUUAAUCACAAGGUUUCACUAACCAGCUUUCUGCUUUUGUACUGUUUCUGACAGGUUGUCCUUUAUUCCUAAUUUUUA